CUGUCCUCUCCAAAAGUGGGUGCUGUGAUUGACUGCUUGCUUGUCCUCCCACUGGCAACUGGCGAGGAGCAAGCACCACAACGCCAACUCAGGCCACCAUGUCGGCCGAUCUGCUCCAGGUCCUCGCCAGCGCGGGGAAGGGGAAGGGCACUCGCAGUUUGCUGCGGGUGAUCAUCCUCGCGCUCAUCGCUGGCGCCGCAGUCUCCAGCCGACUCUUCUCCGUUAUCCGAUUUGAGAGCAUUAUCCAUGAAUUCGAUCCCUGGUUCAACUUCCGUGCGACCAAGUACCUCGUUGCGAACGGCUUCUACAAGUUCUGGGACUGGUUCGAUGACCGGACAUGGCAUCCCCUGGGCCGUGUGACGGGUGGCACCCUCUACCCCGGCCUGAUGGUGACGAGCGGCGUCAUCUACCACGCCCUCCGCGCCCUGACGAUUCCCGUGGAUAUCCGGAAUAUCUGCGUUCUCCUUGCGCCGGGCUUCUCGGGCCUCACUGCCAUCGCCGCCUACCUCCUCACCAAUGAGAUGACCCCAUCCUCCUCGGCUGGGCUCCUGGCUGCUCUGUUCGUGGGCAUUGCCCCCGGCUACAUCUCCCGGUCGGUUGCUGGCAGCUACGAUAACGAGGCAAUUGCUAUCUUCUUGCUCGUCUUCACCUUCUACCUCUGGAUCAAGGCGCUGAAGCAGGGGUCCAUGUUGUGGGGGGCGCUCUGCGCGCUGUUCUACGGCUACAUGGUUGCCUCGUGGGGAGGCUACGCCUUCAUUACCUGUCUCCUUCCGCUGCACGCCUUCGUCCUGAUCUGCAUGGGCCGCUACAGCACCCGCCUGUACGUCGCCUACACGACGUGGUACGCCCUCGGCACCCUCGCCAGCAUGCAGAUUCCUUUCGUUGGCUUUCUGCCUGUCAAGACGAGCGAGCACAUGCCCGCCUUGGGCAUCUUUGGCUUCCUGCAGCUGCUCGCGUUCCUCGACUACGUCCGUUCUGCAAUCCCUAGCCGCCAGUUCCAGACCUUUCUGUGGCUGUUUGCCGGCGCCACCUUCGGGCUGGGUUUGCUUGGCCUCGUCAUCGCUACCAGCGCAGGCUUCAUUGCCCCGUGGAGCGGCCGUUUCUACUCUCUCUGGGACACGGGCUACGCCAAGAUCCAUAUCCCCAUCAUUGCCUCGGUGUCGGAACACCAACCGACUGCGUGGCCGGCCUUCUUCUUCGACCUGAACAUGCUGAUCUGGCUGUUCCCCGUCGGCGUCUACCUCUGCUUCCAGGAAUUAGCCGACGAGCAUGUCUUCAUCGUCGUCUACGCCUUGUUUGGAAGCUACUUCGCAGGCGUCAUGGUCCGUCUGAUGCUCACGCUGACUCCGGUGGUCUGUGUGGCCGCCGCCAUCGCCGUGUCGACGCUGCUCGACGCUUACCUCAACGCCAAAUCGCCCAAUCCCGAGGAGGUCCAGGCUCUUGAGAGCUCCGAGGGGAAGCGGGCGGUCAAGUCGGGCCUCAGGUCGACGAGCAAGCCAGUGGUUGGCGUGUACGGGCUCUGGGGCAAGGGCAUGGUGGUUGGCGCCAUGGUGGUCUACCUUUUGGUUUUCGUUCUUCACUGCACAUGGGUGACGUCGAACGCCUACUCGUCUCCGUCGGUCGUCUUGGCGAGCAGAUUACCCGACGGCAGCCAGCACAUCAUCGACGACUACCGCGAGGCCUACCAAUGGCUGCGCCAGAAUACGCGAGAGGAUGCCAAGAUUAUGUCGUGGUGGGACUACGGCUACCAGAUCGGUGGCAUGGCGGACCGGCCGACCCUUGUGGACAACAACACCUGGAACAACACGCAUAUUGCGACCGUGGGCAAAGCCAUGAGCUCGCGCGAGGAGGUCAGCUACCCGAUCAUGCGCCAGCACGAGGUCGACUAUGUUCUCGUUGUUUUCGGCGGCCUCCUGGGCUACUCGGGCGAUGACAUCAACAAGUUCUUGUGGAUGGUGCGCAUCGCCGAGGGCAUCUGGCCUGACGAGGUCAGCGAGCGGGCGUUCUUCACCCCUCGGGGCGAGUACCGCGUGGACGCCGAGGCCACCGAGACCAUGAAGAACAGUCUGAUGUACAAGAUGUCUUACUACAACUACAACAACCUCUUCCCUCCGGGACAGGCGGUGGACCGUAUGAGGGGCGCCCGUCUCCCCGAAGUUGGACCGACACUCAACACAUUGGAGGAGGCGUUCACGAGCGAGAACUGGAUCAUCCGCAUCUACAAGGUCAAGGACCUGGACAACCUGGGACGGGACCAUGCCUCGGCGGCAGCAUUUGAUCGCGGCCACAAGAAGAAGAAGGCUACGAAGAAGAGAGGCCCCCGGCUGCUUCGGGUGGAGUAAGGGGCUGGCCCAAGGGGAAGAUAUGUGUGUAUCAAAGACAUCUCUCCAGCUGCGAGCUUCGGCUCUCGUACCAGCCAAGAUGCACCUCACCCUGUAAGUCGGUCCUUUCUUCUCGAUUGCGACGUCGUUUGUGAUUAUUUUUCCCCCCUGGUUAGAGCCCUGCUCGACGCCGCUCUGGGAAGCGCCCCCUUCCAACAAGCAGUGCUGGGAGUUCAAUUUGGGCUUUGCGUGUUGUAUGUAUCGCCGUUUCUUGCUGACAGUUUCUUCAACAGGACCAAGGAGGUCGGCUGGGAGACCGACGAUGACGGCGAUAUCUCUAAGUCGGGCUCCAGCGUCAAGCGCUAUCACUUGAUUCUCGACUUCUCCUGGCGCUCCUCCAGGGCCAGCCGCGGCCGC